UCUCUUCAGGGCAGCGUCGUGCGCGGAGCGGCGCUGGGCGCUCGGAGGGCUCCGCGGUGUUCGGGCCGGGCCGGACCUGAGCGACCCCAGGGGGGGUUCUGGGCGCGGCGGUGGCGGUCUGAGGGCGGCCCGGAGCUGACGGGGCAGCCUCGGGCUCCCUGAGGCAGCUGUGCCCUCCCGGAACCCCCCUCAGGCCCGGCCCUGUUCGGUGCGGCCUUCCUCAGCGCUGUGCCGGGGCCUGGGGGUCCCUCCCACCGCCAUAACCCUCCUUCAGGGCAAGCGAAGGAGGGUGGGGGGGCUGGAAGGGGCUGCGUACCCCUUGGCUGGCGCCCCCCCCCCAGGCCAGGCAGUGCCCGUUUGUUCUCUGGGGCUCUGUCCCAUCCCUGGGGUUGGGGGCUGUGGGUGUGACCCCCUCCUUCAGCCCCAUAGAGCCCCCCGAGGGGACUUGGGUCGCGUCGGUGCGUGGGCGCCCGGUGCUGCGCUAUGGGCAAGAAAAGCAAAAGGACAGCAGACAGUUCGUCCUCUGAAGACGAGGAGGAGUAUGUGGUGGAGAAAGUGCUGGACCGGCGCGUGGUGAAGGGGCAGGUGGAGUAUCUGCUCAAGUGGAAAGGCUUCUCUGAGGAGCACAACACCUGGGAGCCAGAGAAGAACCUGGACUGCCCAGAGCUUAUCUCGGAGUUUAUGAAAAAGUACAAGAAGAUGAAGGAGGGGGAUGGCAACAAAGCACGGGAGAAGGCAGAGAGUGGCAAAAGGAAAGGGCUGCCCGCCAACGCUGAGGAUAUCAAGGCCAAGAAGAAGAGGGAGAGCAACGACAUCGCCCGGGGCUUUGAGCGGGGCCUGGAGCCCGAGAAGAUCAUCGGGGCCACCGACUCCUGCGGAGACCUCAUGUUCCUCAUGAAGUGGAAGGACACGGAUGAGGCCGACCUGGUGCUGGCGAAGGAGGCCAACCUGAAAUGUCCCCAAAUUGUCAUUGCCUUUUAUGAGGAGAGACUGACCUGGCACGCCUACCCCGAGGACACGGACAGCAAAGAGCGCGAGGCUGCCAAGAGCUAAGGCAGCCCAGGGCCCCUCUGUACAUAGCCCCCCCCCUUCCCAUCACAUCCCCUCCCUCUCCGUGUCCCCAGGGUGUGCCCUGCCCGUCCCCAGGGGCAGCAGAGGGGGUACAGUCCUGCCCUGGGGGGGUGGGAGGGGGGGGGGUGUCCCUGCGGUGACCAAACACUGAGGACCUUUGUGGUGAAGGACGGACCCCGGUGGGGUCCCUGCGUUGCCCCCUGCCUCACGUCCUCCCCUUUAGCCAUGGGGAGGGGGCCAAGUCUUACAGGAGGGCGGGGGGGGGGAGGGAAGGUAGGGAGGGGUGAAGGGAGGGGGUGGGGGGGGGGCAAAAGAACCCAUUUUUGCUCUUUUUCUAGCGUCGAUGUUUUUAACCUGGGCCUCCCCCCACCCCGGGGUGUCCCUGUCCCUGUGCCCCCACCUUGUAUUUCCUUCCAAUAAAGGGUCACUUUUCA